AUGGCACAAGUACCUACAGAAGAUGUUCGAGAAAUCGACGGGCAGCUAUACUUUCACGACAAAAUUAUACGCUACAAGCCUGAUGCACUGCCAAAAGAGCUAUCCAAGUACUACGCUCAACGCUAUCGUCUCUUCUCCCGCUAUGACGAAGGUUGUUGCUUAGACCGUGAAUCCUGGUACUCAGUCACUCCCGAAUCGCUCGCUGUACAAAUCGCUCAAGUCUGCGCGAGUCAUGGAGCCCGUGUCAUCAUUGACCUCUUUUGUGGUGCCGGUGGCAAUGCAAUUGCCUUUGCAGCGGCUGAGGAAAUAGACAUGGUUGUUGCAGUAGACUCAUGUCCCGUGAAACUGGCCUGUGCAAAGCAAAACGCAGCCAUCUAUGGCGUUGCUGACAAGAUUACCUUUAUUGAAGGAGACUGGGCAUUGAUGUUGCAUGUUGUCAUGCAGUCUCUUGCAGACCAGAUUGAUACGCAACCGCUUGUGUUUCUGUCGCCGCCAUGGGGUGGACCGCAGUAUAACGUACAGCGUACGUUUGACAUCGAAAGCAUGCCUAUCCCCGCUUCUGUACUCAUGCAAGUUUGCGGAAAGUAUACGCAGCGUAUCGUGCUCUACCUGCCUAGACAGUCACGACAAGAUCAAGUGGCAGCCCUCGUAUCGGCCAGCACUCUGUCUCUGCAAAGUAGCAGCAGGCCAUUCAAGUGUGCCUGCCUAUCAUUGCACUAUCUGACGACGAGUGGCGCCUGCAAAGCCCUGGUCUGCUAUUUUGGUUCACCCCAUCAUACAGAGCAUUGCCAAUAUAACAAGCAAGUGUGA